AUGCCCCUACCCGGGUCAUUGCUACCCAAAGUCCUCAUCGCAGUAUUCACCAUCGCCGUGUUCUACCAAUUGCCACUAUUCUCGACAGCCCCGCAUAUAGCAGACCCGAGUCCAACGAAGUUGAGCAAUAUUCCGGAAGGAUCAUGGUUCCGAGAUGCCAUCAAGACACAUCAGGCCGAAGACAACGACGAAGAGUCUUCUGCAUUAGCAAAUUCAAUCAGUGGAACAACGUCAGAUCUUGUCACGAAGACAUCAAUCUCAGCAGAUGCCAGCGCUGCACCUUCCUCAAGCAAUACGACCACCGCAAGUAUACUGAGCGAAUAUAAUCGAACAUUUAUCUCCUAUGGUACGACGCAAUGUUUACCGCAUUUUGACGACCACAUGAAGCAGUCAGCGAUUGCGCGAAAUGAGUCAUGCACAAAGCACACACCUUUUACACCAGAGGAAACCCGCCGCGUUGCAUUUGCAUCAAUCACGACCGGACAACCAGCAGAAGCAUACCAACGCGCGAUUCAGUCCCAGAUGUUCCACAGCGCAGUCCACGGCACAUCAACUCACAUACUAUGCGAACAGUUAUCCGACGGCGCAUGGAACAAGAUCGCCUUUCUUCUCAAUCUCGUCAUGAACGAGAUGCUGAAGCCAGAGGACGAGCGCCUAGAGUGGGUUAUGUGGAUUGACCGCGACGCCAUCGUCCUCGACUCCUGCAGACCCCUCUCAGCCUUCGUACCACCCGCUACUAAAGACUAUGAAACAGUGAACCUAAUCAUCAACAACGACGGGCUCGGCCUGAACGCUGGCGUCUUCAUGUUCCGUGUUAAUGAAUGGUCUAUCUCGCUCUUCAACACGAUCCUCGCGUAUCGAUACUUCCGACCCGACGAAGAACUCGUACUUGCAGAACAAACGGCGAUGGAGAAGAUCAUAAACGAAGAGAAGUGGAAGGAUGGCGUUGCAAGGGUGCCAUGGUACUGGUUCAAUGCAUACCCAGAUGAGAAUGAAAGUGUGGAAAAAUACAGAGAUGGCCUUGAGCCUGAAGACUUGGAAUGGUUCCGAGCGCGCAAAGGGGACUUCAUCGUGCAUUUUGCGGGUGACGAUGGACGUUCAGGGAGAAUGCCUGAGUGGCUAAAUAUGUUGGGGGAGGUGGGUAACGUGUGGGAGAAGGGCGAAACGAAAAGGGAUAUCACAGUUGAGAUUCAAAAGUAUUGGCGUAGUUGGGAGAGUGGGACAUUAACAGAUGCGCAGAUAUCAGGAGAGCCACAGAAUGAUGGACACGUGAACCAAAGAGAAGAAGAAGGGUAG